GAGAGAGAGAGAGAGAGAGAGAGAGAGAGAGAGAGAGAGAGAGAGAGGUGAAAUAUUCGAUUUAGAGAGGUUUGAAAGCAUUGGGGUUUUCUUGUUUUUGGUGUUUUGUUAAUGAUAAAAACACCAAAAAACACAACAAUUUAGUUGUAAGUAAACUCCACCAGAUCUCUCUUUCUGUCUGUAACAACACAGUCGUCGACUCUCUUUAGAUUAUUGUGUAUUUUGUUUGUUUUGGUUGAUACAGCAAAGCACAGCUUCUUCUUUCAGCAAUUUUGUGUUUCAAAGUGAAUUGUUUCUUAGCUCUUUUUUGGCACAAUCCUACGCAUACUUCUCUCGGAAGUUUUGUUUCAACACAUAUACAUAUAUAAAACCAAAGUCUUUCCUGCGUUUACUUGGUUUUUGUUUUCUAGUUUUGUUUUCAAAAUCUUGUUGUUUGUUUACCCAAGUGCUUACUAGCUAGCUGCUAAACUACAACCAAAGCUUUCAAUCUUAAUCUUAGCUGAAAAGGCAACAAAAACUUUUCCAGAUAUGAUGUCUGGUGAGAUGUUUCCUAUCACUCAUCACCACAAUCAUCAACCACCACCACCACCUCCACCUCCACUUCAUGAAGCAUCAAACCCUAACCCUAAAGCCAUCUCCAAUCUCAAGAAGAAGAGGAAUUUACCAGGCACCCCAGAUCCAGAUGCUGAAGUAAUGGCACUUUCGCCAAAAUCACUAAUGGCGACAAACAGAUUUGUAUGUGAAAUCUGCAACAAAGGUUUCCAAAGAGACCAAAACCUGCAACUUCAUCGGAGAGGUCACAAUCUGCCAUGGAAGCUGAAACAAAGGAACAAUAAAGAACCCAUCAAGAAGAAAGUCUACAUUUGCCCGGAAAAAUCUUGUGUCCACCAUGAUCCGUCGCGAGCACUUGGAGAUCUCACCGGAAUCAAGAAACAUUUUAGCCGGAAACAUGGCGAGAAGAAAUGGAAGUGUGAAAAGUGUUCCAAGAAGUAUGCAGUUCAAUCCGACUGGAAAGCUCAUUCCAAGACUUGUGGUACCAGAGAGUAUAAAUGCGAUUGUGGAACACUUUUCUCCAGAAAAGAUAGUUUCAUAACUCAUCGAGCUUUUUGCGAUGCAUUGGCUGAAGAAAGUGUGAGACUCACCACAGUGACACCGAAUAGCCUUGGCAUGAAAAACGAAGCUAUGAACGAAUCCGUGAUGAACCCUAAUUUCCCUCAUGGGUUUUCAGGGAUGACGCAAUUCGGGUCGGGUUUCCGGUCUGAUUUUGGGGAUCAAAACAAUAAGCCAAGAUUAUCACUUUGGUUAGACCAAGCAAAUUCUCAGCUUAAUCUUUCUCCAAUGGAUCAAAUGGCUAUGAAUUCGAAUCUUUACAUGUCAUCAAGCUCCGCAGGUUUAGCGGAUAUGGUUAAUGUCUUUGGUUCCUCUCCAAUGACAAAUUUUACAAACUCGAACCAAAUUCCAAGUUUAUCAUUGACACCUGAAGGUCUAAAAGAGGAAACCCUAGCUUCGUUAUACUCGAUGAACCAAACCCAUCAAACCGAAUCCACUGGUCCAAUGUCUGCUACUGCACUCCUUCAAAAAGCGGCUCAAAUGGGUUCAACCAGAAGCAACCCAUCAAUCUUCGGAUCGAGUUUUGGGCUCAUGAACUCCUCCACUGCAUCAAACACUGCAGUCAGUUUGGUGAACAACAACAGCAACAACAACAACAACAUCCCUACUUCUCUCCCUCAUAUCGCAACUCAACCACAAGUUUCGACUCCAAUGAACAACAAUUCAUCCAAUUCGAGUCCUCAAGCUCGACAACAAAUGAUCAUGUCAAGAAAUGAGACAAUGCCGCCAUUGAAGAUGAUGCAGCGAAGCUUUAGUGGAGUCGAUAAUGGAUUAACGAGAGACUUUUUGGGCAUGGGAGGAGAAGGUGGCCGGCCAUUGAUGCCACAAGAUCUAGUGAAGUUUGCGUCCUAUGGUUCAACGAUGGGAUCAAUGAGGCAUUUCGCUAGCAAUAAUUAAUUAAAUGUCUUAAUUACGCUGGUUAAUUAAUUUGUAUCUCAUAAUCAUGUGUGUUUAAUGUAGCAUAAUAAUAUGUAUUUAUAGACUAAAUUUUUGUCAAUGGUACUUUGCACUUUUAUUAAAAAAAGAAAAGAAAAACAUUGUUGUUUUUUUUGGUCAAUUGACUUGG